AUGCUGGCAUUCUGCUUCAAUGCAGUCUCGGCGGACCCUGAUCAAACGAUCCUGAACGGUCGUGAUGUCUUGAAUUUUGACGAUCUCGAAACACCUGACGGAUUUGGCCAGAUAGCGGCUGGGUACCAUGGCCUCACAUUCAACUAUUUCUAUGCCUUCCAACCGACGCACCAGGACCUGGAGGGCAUCAUCUCCGUCGAUGACUUGAAUUGCGCCGUCUCCAAGCCGAAUUCACUGUAUGGGUCAAAGAUCGCAAAUGAGAGCCCGUCCAUCCAAGCACACGAUCCCUCACAUAGAUUCACGGUACACUCACUGAAAAUCAAGCCGCUGGAUUUCCCGGUCGGUUUCGUUACCAUAAAUCUCCGCGGCAUCCUCCCGGAGAGGUUGUCGAGUCCGCUGGAAUGGAGCGUCGACUUUCCCGCCGGCUUCCACGAUAGUCUCCACGUUCGACUCGAAGAGUUCAGCAAGGUGCGAUGGCAAGGCCUCGCAAGGCUUGAAGUGGAGGCGGAUUUCCAUUUCAACGACGUGGAAAUGGACGACUGGGAAUUCUGCAUCGAUGACCUCGAAGUCGAGAUGGAGUAA